AUGGCCGCCUCCGCCGUCAUUUCCGGUGCCAGAUCGAUGCUUCGAGCUGCUUCCUCUCGUAGCGCCGCUGCUUCCACUGGCCGCUUCGCCUCUCAAGCGAAAUCCGUUCCGCCGAUGUUUAGAGCCACCGCUAGAAGAAGCCCACUUCUUUCCCCUCUCCGAAAUCCAGUGGAAAUGAGCUUCUGUGUGGAGUCAAUGUUACCAUACCACACUGCCACAGCUUCAGCGCUAAUGACUUCAAAGCUUUCUAUCUCUGGACAUAGCUAUGGCUGGCUCUCUGAUGCUUGCAAAGAGGACUUUUGA